AUGGACAGCGAGACACUGCGGGCAGACAUACAAGUUGUUUUCUAUAUCAAAGUCGCGUUUUUGGCUCUGUUGAUAUACGACACUGUCCUCCAGCUGAAUGAAGAGUAUCUCCACAUCUGGCGGUCGCGAUGGACGAUCAUCAAAGCCCUCUAUCUGUGGACACGCUACGGGACCUUCGUUGGUGCCACAGCACCGCUGAUACACGCGUUGCUGAAAGGGUUCUUUGUGUGCGAUGAGGUGACGAUGUUCACCACCGCAUUUUCACUCUUUGGCAUCGGGAUAACACAACUCAUCCUCAUGAUUCGCACCUAUACGCUGUACCAGCGCUCCAAGUCCCUACUGCUGUUCUUCGGGUUGAUGUGGUUUACCAUUGCCGCCCUUGCAUUGUGGACCGGCCUAAGAUGGGUCCAUUCUUUCAAUGAUAUCGAAGCAUUGGGUCCAGAUCUAGCAGUAACAUGCUAUGUCUCAACGCCAAGGACAACCUAUUUCGCAAAAUUUGCUUCGUGGGCGUUAUUGGCAUCCGAAACGACAAUAUUCCUCUUGACCCUCUGGAAAGUUUGCCACAAAUUUCCCGACAAAACAGGGAUGUUGCAGAGCUUGCAUCGCGACGGUGUCUGGUUUUAUCCCGCCAUACUCCCCUUUACAGUGGCGUCCCUCAUUUGUCUCUACGUCGCACCUAGCGGACUCCGUGAAGUCUUCGACACUCCGGUCCAAGUGAUGCACAGCAUACUCGUCUGUCGCCUCAUCACACACACCCGCACCGUCGCCGCAGAAGACGCGGCGCGUGAAUACGAGAUCAACAAAGUUUUUUCGCAUCAUGGGUACAGCAGGAGCGGGAGCUUCGGGGACGCAUCCACUCAAGGAAGGCACUGGCAGGUGUAUGGCAAACUGCGACAGUGCUCGGACUCUGACGAAGUCCUCGAUAUAAGUGCUGGAAACAAUGCAUAA